GUCAACCAUAAAACUCACUUGGAAACCAAAAAAAAUCAAAAUGUUCAUCGCAGCUUCACCUCUUGUUUCUAACUCAACAUUAAACCUUUUUGGAGUAUCUUUACCAUUUUUACUAGGAGCCUUCAUCGUGCAGGAUAAUUUGAGCAAUGAAGAUUACAUUGGACUGAGCGGUUUCGUACACCAGUGGUAUGUGGAAUCUAGCGAGCCCGAUUUAUCCAUUGAAGUCAAUUCGACCUACUACAGGAAUUACCGGGGGUCUGGUAAUCUAACUAAAGGUCAUUUGGUUCUCUUCGAAUGUCCUCCAAAGAACACUACACUUAUACGCGUUCAGCACUUCAUAAGCGACAACAUUGAACGCAACAUUUCAACGAAUGAGAAUGAAACAAUUCCCACCGCUUUUGCCGAUGAUGCAGUUUUUUUGGGACCAUCCCGACAGAAUCUUACUUUCAACAAUUCGUUCACGCUGGUCUGGACAGGGGCAUCAGAAUGUCAAGUUGAGUACACGCGAAACAUACAGAAAGAGCUACGAACUGUAGUUGAUGACAUUCGAUGGGUUUCCGAUUAUGACAGCUGGGAAGGAGAUAUUUUGGAUUUCCAGACAAUUGCAGACCGAAUCAAUGCUGAAAAGGAUGCUUUGAGAGCAUCUGUUGAAACAAACCACAGUACAGAUUCGCUGGAGUAUGCACGGCACGCGCAAUUCCUUCAGCAGAUGGAUGAAAUCAUUUCAAACAUUGCUUCUGUAAACUGGGAGAUCCAAGGAUUGCUGCAAGAUAACACCACCAAAACCUACCAUGUCAUUGCAGUACUAAAUGAAACUUAUUCGUGGUCAGAAACGCUGCUGAAUGACAAGAGCACAGAUCACAACCAACUGAGCAAACUGAUUGAAUCAGAAUGCUCCUCGAUGGUUUUCUAUCCCAAAUACCGAAACCCAAUGUCUCUUUCCUGCCAAGUGAAGACAUUUCAAAAAUACAGCAAAGUUGGUGUCAAGCUAACUCUCAAAGCCAGAAUGCUGGGCGAGCGAUCGGAGAUACAAACCUUCGCAGCAAACGAACACUUUCCAGACAUAUUGCAGAAAAACUCGACCGUAAUUCUUCGAGCGGAAAUUGAGCCGCCUGAAGUCUACUUUCAAAAUACCAACUUCAUGAUGUGGCUGCCUCUCAUAUCUCUCUUCUCCUUUGUUUCCUUCAUAGUAACAAUGACCUUCGGACUUUCCAUCUUCUACAAGAUCAGCCAGUGUACUAACUCAGUGGUUGCCAACGGCAACGCCAUCCGCAUGUCUCAGCUGGUGAUGGCGGCCAAAGCGAGACGAGAGAAGAUAGAAGCGAUCAAGAGGAAGAGACUAAGCGAGACACACGAAAUGACAGUGUUUUGAAUUUCUAUAUCUCAUAGUGGAAAAGCGCUCAUCUACUAGACCUGUAUCAUGCAUUGCUAUGCACGAAACAAUAAAAAAAUUAGUUUUCAGCACUUUGAGCAGUCAUGGACCUUGCAUUUUGUAAUUAACUGUUGCAUUCUGUAUUAAAUGUCGAAUACUUUAAAAUUUGUCUAUAGUUCUCCCAGUGGCCCCAUUUUUUCGAACGAAAUCUUCUGCUCGGCAUUCAACUUGGU